CCGCGCUAGUUGCGGAGUGCUUCCCAUGAGCGCUUGAGCCAGCCUGGCCUGAGGAUGUCGGAGAGUUUCGAGCGACCUCUGAGUGCCGGCCGAGGCAGGGGCUGGGCCCGGGCCCUCGGCGACGCUGCUGCUCCUGUCGGCGAGGCGGGCGCGCCUGAGAACGGCAGCAGGCCCCGCCUCGGGGGCGGCGGUUCCCUCUUCUCAGGCACGGCCGAAGAGCACCAGUACCAAGCGGGCGGCCUCUUUCCGCAGCAGGAACCAUUGCGGCCUCCGAAGACGGCGCCGCUGGGCACCAGAACCGCAGAAUAUCUGCAGCAGACAAGAAUUCUAUCUGGAUUACAAGUUUCAAUUCCUGCUUCUGGGCUAGAGAUGUCUGAACCUCAAUUGCCUGUGGCACCUGUGGUAAUGUCAAAGUUAUCUGCUAAAGCACCUGAGUUCUAUCCAUCAGGAUACAACCAGAAUUACAGUCAGAUUUUCACGGAUUCUACCUUUGAAGAUAGAUAUGAUGGCUAUCUGACUUUGGCAGAAUAUGUGCAAGACUUCCUAAAUCACCUCACCGAGCAACCAGGUUGCUUUGAAACUGAAAUCGAGCAGUUUGCUGAAACACUGAAUGGCUGGGUCACUGCAGAUGAAGCUUUGCAAGAAAUUGUUGAACUCAUCUAUCAGCAGGCCACAUCUGUCCCAAAUUUUUCCUACAUGGGAGCACGGUUGUGUAACUACUUGUCUCAGCAUCUCACCAUUAGUCCACAAAGUGGGAACUUCCGACAGUUGUUACUUCAAAGAUGUCAAACAGAGUAUGAAAGCAGAGAGGAAGCUACCAAAGGAGAUGAGAUUACUCAAAAACAAUUUCAUGCCUUCGUGCUGUUCCUAGCUGAACUUUACCUUAACCUAGAGAUUAAAGGAACAAAGGGACAAGUAACACGAGCAGAAAUUCUUCAAGAAGGUCUCCGGGAAUUGCUAAAUGCACUCUUUUCUAAUCCUGUGGACAGUAACUUGAUAUGUGCAGUGAAACUGUUGAAGUUGACAGGAUCAGUUUUAGAAGAUGCCUGGAAAGGAAAAGGGAAGAAUGAUAUGGAUGAAAUGAUUCAGAGAAUUGAAAAUGUUGUGUUGGAUGCAAACUGUAGCAGGGAUGUGAAACACAUGCUUCUGAAACUAGUGGAGCUGAGAGCAAGUAACUGGGGUAGAGUUCUUGGAACUUCUUCACACACAGAAGCAACCCCUGAGAAUGACCCAAACUAUUUCAUGAAUGAGCCAACAUUUUAUACCUCGGAUGGUGUCCCUUUCACUGCAGCAGAUCCAGAUUACCAAGAAAAAUACCAGGAAUUGCUUGAAAGAGAGGAUUUGUUUGCAGAUUAUGAAGAAAAUGGAACUGAUCUGUCAGGACCUGGAGACCCGUAUUUUGAUGACAUCGAUGAUGAGAUGGAUCCAGAAAUUGAAGAAGCAUUUGAGAAGUUCUGUCUAGAAUCGGAGCAUAAGAGAAAACAGUGAUGUGUUACACAUUAAUGUCGGUUUAUUAAGCCAGUUUAGGUAUGGUUAGAACACAGGGGGACACAAAACAUUUGUACCAAAAUAAGGAACUUGACUUUCUCCAAGCGGUAAAGCUACACAAUUUCCAUUUUGUCUAACAGAAUCUGCCAAAAUUUGUAAACUUAUGCCCUGUAACUUAAAAUGGUGUGUAUAUAUAAUAGUUUAUUUUAUGUACAGGUAUAUGAACACUGUUUUGGCUGCAAUAAAAAUGAUUUAAAAAUUAUCCUAACUUAAAUUUAGUGGGGAACAGUCAAGUAAAAUUUCCUUUGAGGGAGAAAUGGGGAUAACUUGAUUGAAAUUUAACUGCUUGUUUGCUUGUUUUGGUAUCUAUUGGGAUUUAUUAAUCCUUUUUUUGUCAUAUACAAGAUACUUGGUAUUUAAUUUUGGUUUGUUUUUUUGCUUUGUUUUUUGUUUUUUUUCCUUAAGGAGAAUACAAUCCAUGAGAAGUGCUUUGUGAAAGUUUUUGGUUUGUUUGGUGUAUCUUCUUUUUUUUGUUUUGUUUCUUUUCUUCCAAAACUCACAUAGGGGAUGUCCAGACCUUUUUUCCUGGAAUAAACAUGUUGUAUGUUAACAAGUGAAAAAAGCUGGAAUUAUUUAAGUCAGGUGCUUUCAGAAUUACUGCUUCAGAUUAAGUUUCAACUUCUACAUGCAAAACAGUACCUUUUAAACUUGUAGUCUUGAAGACUAUAUGAAUUUAGCUCUGGUUUAACACCAGCUUCUCUUGGGUAUAUGCAGUGCUCAGUAUGAUUUCGUUUGUUUUGAAGUAUUUAACAUGUCUAACCUUUCCAACCCUUGUAACUUUCUUUAGUCUUCUGAUUCUGCAUAGAUUGAUUUUGUAAUUGGAGUAAAUUCAUGUUUCAUAAAUGUUAACAUUUGGAAGCCAGCUGCUCUUUUAUUUUUUGAUCCCAUAUAAUCAUGUUAGUUUUCCUAGGGUACUCAUUGUUGUUGCCAAACUUGGUUGUACUGUUACUGCUUAGACAAGUAGAAUCCAUUAAAGAAAAAAAUCAUUUCUCAGAAGUUAGCUGCUUUAAAGAACACAUUUUUGUACAUAUGCAUGUAAAUAAUUCCAUUCAUACUUCACCAUUCUGUUUGGUUAAACAACUUGUGCACCUACUAAUCAAGUGAGCACUGACUGUUUUCUGAAUGUUUAUUUAACAUAAUUAGUGUGGAGUUUUGGAAAAUAAAAUUUAACUAGCUUUGUUUCUUUUGGCAUAA